UACUAUAGCUAAAGAUAAAUUAACAUUAUUCGAAAAAAGAAAGAAAUUUCUCUUUGUUUACUGGGCAAUUAUUAUAACAAGGCCUGCUCUGCAAUAUAUUCCUUCGUUGAAUAAAAUAUAGUUAAUUGACAUGACAUCUACUUAAACAUAUGGUAGAUGAAAAGAGCAUUUUGGUUUUAUAUUUUAUUUUAUUUUAUUUUUUUCCAAUAUUUUAUUCAAUUAAUUAAGUCAAAAAUUAGACUUUCACAUUACAAACAACAAGAAGAAAAGGAACUUAGUUUGCUUCUUCACGUUAAUAAAGUAGUCAGCUAAUUUCUUGUGAAGCUAGCAGAGAUUCACAGAUACAGAAAGAUUCUCACUUCUCACAUCAACUUCUCCAGAUGACUACUCUUGGUGUUGCUGAAAUUAUAGCCAUAGCAAUUGCUUCUGCAGCACUUUUUUAUCAGGUUGGCAAGGAUGCAUUGAAAUCUGUCAAGAAAGAAGCUUCAUAUUCAAAGAAUCUGAAGGAAAACUAUGAAGCCUUGCAAUGGGAACUGAACUUCCUUCUUGGUUUUAAGAGUGAUAUUGAACGUACGAUCCGUAAACGGCGAGGAAACUACGGGGAAAUCUAUAACAGAUGGAGUAUCCAUGUGCAUGAGGUUGAAGAGAAAGCAAAAUCCUGCCUUGAAAAAUAUGAACACAUCAGAAAAUGCUAUGCUGUUCGCAGAUCAAAGCUCAGCAGAAAAAUGGUUAGCUUGUGUAAGAAAGUUAUUGAGCUUAAAGGGGAGGGUAAAGAUUUAGCAAGAUUGCUUUCCAAGUAGUUGCAACUAACAGCCAAUCCUUAUAGAUAGAUUAGGAUUCCUUGUGUUUCAUUAGACAAUGUGUUUUUACUUUUGCACCUUGGUCGAGCACUAUCGACUAAGACUCCAAUUCAAAACCUUAAUGUCCUGAAAAUGACUCCAACACCCAUGAACUAAAAACCACUGGUUGCUCGAGCAGUAUCCUUUUACAGCUUUUACAUGGUUGGAAAUGAAGAUGGAGAAGAAGCUGUCUUUCAUGC